AUGGCCAGUAAAAAAGAAAUUUUUGAAAAUAAUUCGAAACCAAAAGUGAACAAGUCAAAAAAGUGUUGUGAAUUUUUAAAUUACGUUGCAUCGUGCGAAAAACACAACGUUUUUUCGGUGAUAAUAGCCACAAUAGCAAUAGGGAUUAUUUUGUUUAUAAGUUUAGAUGAGUUUGAAAGUGAGAAACGAAAAGUUUUUGGGGUUUACACGUUAACCAACGACGAUGGAUUUUUACACAAUUUAUUUGAUGUUUUGGAGAAGGUGGGAUAUCAAAAAAAAGAUUUUGAAGAAUCGGAUAAUUGGGAUUUACUUUGGGCGCAUGCUUAUCCGUUUAGAAGUUUAUAUUCAAAGUUGAAUAAUUUAAAACCGCAUCAAAAAGUUAAUCAUUUUCCGGGGUGUGGGUACAUAACAAACAAAGUUGAUUUAGCAACAAGUGGAUUAAAAUAUAUUCCACCUGCGUUUAAACUUCCAGAACAUAAAGAGAAAUUACUAGAAUAUGUUCGAACUAAUCCGAAGAAACAAUUCGUUCAGAAAGAUAAUAAUCAUAGGAACAUUAUGAUAAGAAAUAUUUCCGAUAUUGAUUUAAACCAAAACGGAACGUUUAUACAAGAAUUUGUUGACAAACCACUAUUAGUCAGUGGUUAUAAAUUUGAUAUAGGUAUUUAUACAAUUAUAACAUCAGUGAACCCAUUGAGAGUGUACAUUUAUAAUGGUGACGCUUUAUUAAGAUUUUGUCCUGUUGAAUAUUACCCGUUUGACCCAAAAAAUAUCGAUAAGUACGUCGUUGGUGAUGAUUAUUUACCAACAUGGGAAGUUCCCGAUUUAAAAAGUUAUUAUAAAUCUUUAGGAUUUGGAAUGAAAGAGAGUUUGAACGCAUACUUGCGUUCAAAAGGAAAAAACCCCGAUGUUAUUUGGGAACAAAUAGAGGAUUCUUUAAGAAUUGUUAUUAUGAAUAAGGAACCAAAAAUUAUUGAAGCGAAAAUCAUCGAGAUAUACUACGUUUAA